AUGCCCAAAGCCAAACCCGCAGCGACCUCGGGCGGAAAAGCCGCCAAGAAAAAGAAGUGGUCGAAGGGAAAGGUCAAGGAUAAGGCGCAACACGCGGUUACUCUCAACCAAGCCACCUAUGACCGUAUUAUGAAGGAAGUUCCCACCUUCAAAUUCAUCUCUCAGUCUAUCUUGAUCGAAAGGCUGAAGAUUGGUGGCUCCUUGGCACGAGUAGCAAUUAGGCACUUGGCAAAGGAGGGACAGAUCAAGAAGAUCGUACACCACAACGGCCAGCUGAUCUACACUCGGGCGACUGCGUCUGACUAG